AUGCUUAUUUUAUCACCGAUUAUCAUUUUAUGCCUAGUGAAUGUCGGAAACGCGCAGAUUCCAAUUGGAAAGUGAGUUUUGAAAAAGAGGGUGAUCUUAGAGGGGAUGAAGAGGGAAUUAGAGGAAUUCGUGAUUUUAGAGACACAUCGACUACAAAUGCCAGUGAUAGACAACGAACUACAGAAAAUGCGAGAGUGACUACAGAGAGACCGAGAAAAAGACACAGGUCAGUGAAAUGAUAAUUGACUAGAACGUGAGGAAACAAAACAUUUGGAACCUUCAUAGAUCAAUUUAACCAUCUGCAUGAUUUCAGACAUCGCCGUCCAGAUGAUCCCUAUCGUCGACAAUACGCAGCUUAUCGAGAACAGUUAGCUGAAGUUGAGCGACAACGAAAAGCUCAAACUGAUUUAUACUAUCAACAAUAUUUUGAUAAAAUGAAGGAUUAUGCAGUAAGAGUGCAUACUCAAAGAUAUGGUCAACUUUUGCAACAACAAUCCGCCCAAAAAGCACAAUUCGCAAAAACAAUGCAAGAAUUUGGAGUGGCAAGUUCAGAUAUUCCAGAAGUUCGAGAUGAUUCAGAUGUUGCAAGAAGACCAGCAAGUCCAUUUGGAGGAAUCACAGACAAAUCUCAAAUAAAUAAUGAUAAAGUAGUUGCCCGCGCUUCUGCUGUUCCAACUGGAGUUAUGGUAAAACGUCCACCUUCCGCCAUCGAACCUCGUCCAGAAGAUAUUGAUGUUCAUCGAAAAGCAUUACAUUUAGAAUCUUUAUGUAAUCGAUUUCUGCCAACAGUAAGAAAACAUUGUUUCGAUGUUGAUAAAACUGAUAAAAAGUACGCAGCAAGAUGUAAAGGAUAUUUCCAUGAUUGUCAAACUUUUUUACCAAAAAGUGAUCCAUUACAUAAUAUUGCUUAUGCUUUUGAUUCGAAUGUUGGUUUAAAUCUGGGAACUUGGCAUGUGAAAGGAAUACCAUAUUAUCCAAUAAAUGAAGAAGGAGCAAUUGGUGCGGGAAGACAAAUGAAUAUUCCGUUUGGAAGUUGGGGAGGUGGAUAUUCGGAUCAUAUUGGAGUUAGGUAAGAAUAUGGGAAGCGAAAGGGCGGGAAUAAUAAAAGAAAACAAUUAUCGAGAAAUAUUUUUGUAGAGAUUACUGGUCACAAUAUCAAGAAAUUGGAGCGAAUUGGUAUGAAGGUAAAUAUGGAUAUAAAUCUGGAUGGAGUGUUCCACUUGUUCAAUCGCUUGGAAUCGAAGGAGAUACACAUGCAGUUGUAAGUUAAGGGUUGGGAGAAUCUAGAGUUGAACUUGGUGUGUCGGUAGUAUAGGAAAAAUAUUAGAUCUGUAUUUUGGGUUACAGAAAAUGAGAAAAGAAUGCAAAUUACUGUAGGUUUGAGUAGAAAUUGAGAUUACUGUAAAUGGGCAAUUCUAAAACAAUCGCAAUAUUUCAAAACUUCGAACUCUCUCUUUUUUUCACACGUAUUGGAUAAAAAUGUCAAAGUUUUGAGUUCAGAAUAACUACAUAUAAUGAUUCGAUGUCACAACUAAGUUUCUGAAACUUUUCUGUGAAACCUUCUAUCUCAACUUAAGUUAUAACUUCUCUCAAUAUUUGAAUUCCAGGUCAGCGUUCCUUUGAAACCCGGUGAAGCUGGAAAACCAAUUGGUGUGGAUGUUGGUGGAGGUGUCGGUCCAUACUAUCAACAAAAUCAACACGUUGGUGUCGAUUAUUUGAACGGUCAAGUUGGAACCAAUUUUGGUGUUGGUGUUCCGAUGGCUGGUGUUGGUGUGAAUACUGGAGUUGGGGUCAGCUUUCCCGGUGUCAAUGAUAUUUUAGGAAAAAAGAAGAGAAAAUAA